UUGGAUAGGAACGCACCACCCCCUACAGGCGCUGAAAGUGCCCCGCUACCCCUUGGGAGUUGUAGUCCUUUUAACAGCUUCUUGCGCCAGAAAACAGAAGCCUCCGGAAACCUCAUUUCCCACGGUCCGUCUCUGCCGAAGAGAACCACUAGAAGGACUGCCUUUUCUCGAAGGCAGCUCGAAGCCGUAGAAAGACGUGCAGGUUGCAACUUGAGUCUAAUGAGAGAGUUGCGGAGGGGAAGCCAUUAAAGCAGAAGUGGAUUCCUUUAGCGCGGCAGCUUCUGCAUUCUCACUUCUAGCGACAAGGUGACAGCAGGGUCUUCUGUGCUUGUCAUCUCUACUGUUAUCGUCCUCGCCGAGGACUUGACCUGAGACUUUUCCCGGCUUACCCGGAAGGUCCCCGUCUCAGACAGCAUGAGUCUGUGGGCUCGUGCGGGCAUCUUGGGCGCUCUCGCUUGCUACGUGCACGGCAGGCGGAGAGCCCUGGCCGAAUCGAGUCGCAAGUUCAGUCAACACGGUGGCAAAGACCAGCCGGAGCUGAAACUGGUGCUGGUUCUCUUUCGGCACGGAGCGCGCACGCCUCUCCGGGCCAUCCCCGAUGUAGAGCAGGUAGAAUGGGAUCCUGCACUCUUGGAGAUACCUGCUGAAACAGAGUUUGACUAUGCAGUGACCGAUCUAUCCGGGGGUCCAAGGCCUUAUUCUCCUUUUGAAGACCAAUACAAAAAUGUUGUGCUAAAGGGUGGUGUGAUUGCUGGGCAGCUGACCGGAGUGGGCAUGCAGCAGAUGUUUGCCCUGGGGGAACGGUUGAGGAAGCGUUAUAUUGAAGACAUCCCUUUCCUCUCUCCAUCAUUCAGGCCUUCAGAGGUCUUUGUUCGUUCUACUAAUAUUUUUCGGAAUCUGGAAUCCACACGCUGUUUGCUAGCUGGACUCUUCCAACAGCAGAAAGAAGGGCCUAUUACCAUUGUCACAGAUGAAGCAAAGUCUGAAGUCCUCUAUCCUAAUCCACAGAACUGCCAGCACCUGAAACAGAUAAACAGAAAAAGGAUGGCUACCAUGUGUUUACAGCCAGGCAUCUCUGACGAUCUGAAGACAAUUAAAGAAAAAGUGGGAAUCAACAAUGAGAAGCAACUGGAUUUUUUUGUCCUACUUGACAACAUGUUUGCAGAACAGGCACACAAUCUGCCUAGCUGCCCUCUUCUGAAGAAUUUCCUGCAAAUAAUUGAGCAAAGGGCCAUUGACUCGCUCCUUUAUGUCACAGAAUAUAAUUUAAGGGAAACUCUUCAGAUGUCUGUUGGUCCUCUUCUUUAUGAACUUCAAAAGAAUAUUAGAGAAGCAAUAGAGCCUUCCUCUGCCAACAUCAAAGCCAGAAAGCUCAUUCUGUAUGCUGUUCAUGAUGUUACCCUCUUGCCACUAUUGAUGGCUCUAGGAAGCUUCAACUACAAGUGGCCUCCAUAUGCUUCAGAUGUGACACUGGAACUCUAUCAGCAUUCUGAGGACUGGUUUAUACGACUGUCCUAUAAUGGGGAGGAACUGACUGCAAGAGGCUGCAGAGCUGGUCUCUGCCCCUUGGAGGAGUUUCUGAAUGCCAUUUCACAUUAUAGCACAAAUCCAGAGGAAUACAAUUUGCUUUGCUCCAAAUCAGCUGACACUGUAAAUGGAUGACUAACUAGUGACAGUACCACCUAAGUUUCUAAAUCUAUAAUGAGAAUAAGGCCUGUUUUGUCUUAAGUUAACCUUUCAAGUGGCAGAUCCUUAGAAGGUUUUCUACUGGAACUGAAAAGAUUAAUCCACUGAACAUAUUAUCUUGAUUUUAGAAAAAAGGUACCUAAGUCCCUGUAGCCUUAUCACAGCCCCAAAGCAGGAGCUGAUAAUGGUGUACAUAAUUCUGCUUACCUGAAGGGAAUCAGAGGUGCCUUACACAUCAGCUGUCCUUUUUUUGAGCUCCGCUGCAGUUCUUUGGCCUUCUUUUCAGAAGUUUUAAAUGCUCUUUUAAUGAAGAUAUCAAUUCAUACUGAAUCUAGUCCUAAUCUUUUGUGUUGUUCCACUCUACAAAAAAUCGUAUACAAAC